GUGACAGUACGCCCUCGCGAUGAUCCGACGCCUCAAUCUCUCGCUGCAAAUUCAGAGGACUCCAUGCCUGCGACUGUGACAAAAUCUUAUUAUUUGCCCAUCCCCUUUUUCGCGUUGUGGAAAUACCGCACUGAGCCAUCCCCACCCCUGCGGCAUACGGUGAUCCGGUUACCACUCUUCGAAGGGGUGAAAGAGAGAGAGAAGAAGAGGGUGGGGGUGUAAUCUCGUUUGGCCGCGCAGCUCUGCGCACCACCGAGUCCCCCAAGGCCCCCGCGGCGGCCAGGCGGCAGUGCAUUGACUCUGCUAGGGCGAGUCCGUUCGCGUGUCCUCAACUGCGACACUGUGACACUGCGACGCCACCACUGGACAGAGGGUGCCGUGGGCCGCCGUCCCCGCCAUGCACCGGCUGCUGGCCGCGCUGCUGCUGAGCCCUCUGCUCGCUCAAGCCGAGGCGGCGGAGGUGCGCGUGACGGACCAGGUGUACUUCGACAUCAGCAUCGGCGGCGAGGAUGCCGGCCGCAUCGUCUUCGGGCUGUUCGGCGAGGUGGCGCCGCGCACCGUGCGCAACUUCGUGUCGCUGGCCACGGAGGGCGUGGGCGGCAAGACGUACCGCGGCUCGCCCUUCCACCGCGUCAUUCGGAAGUUCAUGGUGCAAGGCGGCGACGUGGUCCACGGCGACGGCAGCGGCUCCGUCAGCAUCUACGGGGACCACUUCGAGGACGAGUCCUUCGACAUCCCGCAUAACGCGCCCGGCAUACUCAGCAUGGCCAACGCAGGCAGGGACUCCUGCGGCUGCCAGUUCUUCAUCACGACGAUCGCGACGCCCUGGCUGGACGGCAAGCACACGGCCUUCGGCAAGGUGAUCGACGGCCAGGACGUGGUGCACAAGAUCGAGCUGCAGAAGACGGACUCGGGGGACCGGCCGCUGCAGCCCGUCGUGGUCCGGGACUGCGGCGCCCUCCCCACGCCGGAGCCCUUCUACAUCUCCCACAAGUUCAUGUGGAUGUGGGUGCGGAGCUCGUUCGUGCCACUGAGCUUCUCCAUCUCCAUCCUGGCCUUCUUCCAGUACAUGCUGCGCAAGCUGGACAACUAGGACCCGCCGGCCGGGCCCUGGAGCCUGGACCGAUUCCAGCGGCGGCCGCGGGAGACGCGGUACUCGCACCGAAAAGUGACCAAGCCUCUUUUUGGCAGUGUGGUGGGGGGCGGGGGGCGUGGCCGAGUACCCACUUCCGUUUACAGUGUGGGUCAGGACGGUCGGGAUGAGACGCCCGCGGAGAUCUGCAAGUUUCGGCCUUUCGUUUUAUGACUGUCAUUAG